AAGGAGGCCGCGGUCGUGUCUACCCGCGAGCCGUACCGGCGGUGGCGCGGGGCUGCCGGCAUGUUCCGCAUCGAGGGGUUGGGGCCCAAGAUGGACCCGGAGGAGCUGAAGCGGAAGAUGCGCCGCGACGUCCUCGCCUCUGUCCGCAACUUCCUCAUCUACGUGGCGCUACUGCGGAUCACUCCUUUCAUCCUGAAGAAACUGGACAGUAUAUGAACACUUAAGAAGACUCGAUAGAUUAAAACAAAAUGGACUGUAGCUGCUUUUCUGUGUUUUGUUAAUUAAAUAUUGUACCAGAGGCAGGCAUCCGGUACUGAGUGGUUCUAAAAUGUUUCACUUAAGCAUAUCUGACCUGAGAAUGAUAGCCUAGUUAGAGUAUGGGAAAGAUCUGUUGUCCUUGCAGCUGAAUGUUGGUCACCCUAAUACUCCCAGCUAUCAUCAGGCAAUGACUUGUGAUGCAACAUUUCUUGUACUGUUUUAAAAAAAAAGUUUAUCUCCAUUUUGUAUGAAGUGUGAAGCGCUAGCAAGUUGCUUUGUUAUGCAGCUACCUCUAAACUGCCACAUACUCUGGCUAUCAACCUUAUUGAACCUGCCUGUAUGAAUAAUGAAGUCCUCAAUGAAUUCAGCUCACAAGCAGUCUGAUUUGAAAUAAAUGGAAGAGCAGUUUAUCACUUAA